CUAGUCGCUCCAUGUGAGGGCACGUUAUCCUCUCCAAAAUCAGGGGCCGCUUCAUCGUCUGCUAUUAAAUUAGUCUGAUAGCGAGUUUGCACCCGCUUCUAUACAACUAACCCGAAAGAGACUCCUAAUUAAACACCCCUCCGCAGCGAAGCCAUCUCUCUCUCUCUCUCUCUCUCUCUCUGUUAUUGAGUUCCCAAUUUGUCGGCUCUGUCUCUCUCUAUCUCUGUAGCUGCACAAGGAUGAUGAAGGAAGAGAAGCAGAGAAGAUACCCACCUUUGGCUAGCCGAUUGUUCAGACCAGUAGCUUAUGUACUCCUCCUCUUCCUCUCUUAUGCCUUUGGCUUCUACUCCGGCAUCUUUGUUAAGCCACCUAUCAACAACUCCAACACGGAUGUCAAGAAUUUGACGGCAGAAAGACUUUCCUACUCUAAUUCUUUCUUCAAUUCCGAUCAUUUCCGGUUUGGAAGCGGAUGCGCCAACCCCAUCCCAUCAGAGUUGAUUAAGCAAACUGUCCUAGCUCACAUCUUCAAUGGCACUUCGCCCUUCAUCGGCUUCCCUCCUCCCCACCUGCAACCGCUGUUGCAGAAAAGGCGCAUCAAAGGAUGGGGCUCAAAUGGGGAUGUCUUUGAGAAUCUCAUCCGCAGAGUCAAGCCAAGAACCAUAAUUGAAAUUGGCACUUUCCUUGGGGCAUCCGCCAUACACAUGGGGCAAGUUACACGGAAGCUUGGUUUGAGUGCACAGAUCUUCUGCGUUGAUGAUUUCAGAGGAUGGCCCGAGUUCAACAGGAAACUCAGACGUAUGAGUUACGUCAAUGGCGACGUGUUGCUGCUCCAACAAUUCAUGCAGAAUGUGAAUUACAUGAACAUGACGGAGAUGAUAACACCCAUACCGUUCUCUAGCAGCUCAGCGCUGGUGAAGCUCUGCGAAUGGGGCGUUGUUGCGGAUUUGAUUGAAAUCGAUGCAGGCCAUGAUUUUCAUUCGGCUUGGAGCGACAUCAACUUGGCAUACAAGGUUCUAAGGCCAGGGGGAGUCAUCUUCGGCCAUGAUUAUUUCACCAUGGCUGAUGACAGAGGCGUCAGAAGGGCUGUAAAUUUGUUUGCAAAGGCGAAAGGUCUGCGAGUGGAGGUCGACGGCCAACAUUGGGUUAUUGACUCCACGUAGUUACAGUUCUCUGCUUGUUUGUAUACAAGUUCAUACUGCACAAAGAAACAUAGAAAAUACAUGACAAUAUGCCAUCAUUUGUUGGUGCUUUUCAUUUUUGUCGCGGUCGAUCCAAUUGUUACUGUAAUUCUUGAGUAACAGUUUCAAAUUCAUUCAAGUAAUAGUGUCA